UCUUUUCGUAGCCACCUUAGCAACGGCUUGGGUUGAGACCUGCGGCCUCCUGACAGCGUAGAUUGGCUGAAGCUUGGAUAGAGGGACAGGACUUCAAAGGGCCUGCCGAGGAUCCGUUCUCGUAUAAUAGAGGAAGGAUAGAGCCUGCGGUGACCCGUGACACUGAGGAGUGACGAGAUGAUCCUUCAGAAGUCCAGCCAGUUCCAAGGACUGAGAAUUCAGUCGGAGCUUGAACAACUCUCCAAACAGAGGCGGGAACCCGAGAAGGACCUCAGCUCAGUGGAUGAAUCAGCCGUGCGUAGGGGAACAGGUGUUCGGGCCGAAUCGGGAACCGCGGCAUCGGUAGAAGAGAAUGAAGAUCCUGCAGCCAAUUUGUUCCCGCCUCCGCUGCCCAAGCCUCGGAUCUGCAUGUGGAAGUACCUGGACAUUCAUUCCAUGCACAGGCUGGAGAAGACAGGCAACGCUGAGGAGAUGAGGGAGGUGCUGGCCAAGCUGCUGGGGCUAGGUUGUCCCGAGCAGAGCCUGCGGGAUGCCAUUACCCUGGACCUCUUCUCCCAUGCACUCAUCUUCUGCCGCCAGAAGGGCUUCUCACUGGAGCAGACAUCAACAGCUUGUGCCCUGCUCCAAGAUCUUCACAAGGCCUGUGUUGAAACCCCCUUGGGCAAUGUGGAGGAAUGUUACCGCUACUUCACCAGUGUUCUUUUUUGCCAUGGAGUCAGGCGGCCCCCCUUCAGUAUCAACCUUUUUGAGGAGCAGCAGCUGCUGGCCCUGGCAGAUUAUGUGGUCAACACCUACUUCCGCCACUUCAAGCUCUACAAAUACGCCUUUACACCCCAGGUGCGGCUGGAUCUAUCUUUGACUUACAUGGGGCUACCUCCACCCAAGCUCUGGCCAGAGGAUGAGACAAAGAAAGAAGGUGAGGAGGUGGAGGAGCAGGUUGUCACCCCACAGGAAGAGGAACCAGAAACAGUGGUCAAGCCACAGCAAGAGCCAAGCCAGGUCUCCAUCCUUCGAGCCUACAUCAAGAACCAGCUGAACAAGGAGCUGGGGCAGCUCCAACAGCUGGUAGAGGAGCGGCUCAAGGCCAGUGAGGAAAGGCUCAGCAGCAAGUUGACCACCCUAGAGCGGUCCUUCCAAUUACCUCCAGGCAAAGGCAAGAAUAAGACCAAGUGACC